UCUUAUCAAGAAACAGUAUGAAGACACUUGCAGCGUUACUUUUAGUCGUUUUCUUGGCUCAAUUCUGGAGUUAUGGUGAAACAGCAUCAUUAGAGAAAGACGAAGAUUGUCCACUUUGUCUGGACGUCUACCAACCUGUCUGUGGUAUUAAUGGAAAAGGCAAUAAAAAAACUUUCCCAAAUGAGUGUGAACUGGACCAAUACAAUUGUUUCGAAGGAGACGAUUACGAAUUGGAAAGCGAAGACGUCUGUCCAGGAGUUGUACAACCAGACUUAGAAACCGGACCGAGUGUCAUAUUAGGAAAAUAAUGAUAUCAGUGUUUAUGGAACAGUUUAAAAGAUUUAUAUAACUUACGAAGACAAACGCAAUGACAACAACAAUUUUAUAGUAUAAAAUGUUAAUUACUUUAAGUUGUAUUUACAAAAUAGGAUUACAUACUCAGAUUUUUAAAAGAAAUUAACUUUAUUCUCAAAUGACAAGGUGAUGGUGAAUUGUAAAGUUUAAAUAAAGAAUCAGUAGCUUCGA